AAAAUCUACAUGGGUCCCGGCUAUGAGCGAAACCAAAACGACGUCGCAUAAAGGGGAAAGCAAAAUAAAUCACCCUGCGACUUUUACUAGGGUUUACGAAAUCAAUCGCCUCCGCCGCUCUCUAACAUCAGCCCUCGUCAAUGGCGCCGAAGAAGGAUAAGGCUCCCCCACCGUCGUCCAAGCCGGCAAAGUCUGGCGGUGGCAAGCAAAAGAAGAAGAAGUGGAGUAAGGGAAAGCAAAAGGAGAAGGUGAACAACAUGGUUCUGUUCGACAAGGCAACCUAUGAUAAGUUGCUUUCUGAGGCCCCAAAAUAUAAGCUCAUCACACCUUCCAUCCUCUCCGAUCGUCUCAGGAUUAAUGGAUCACUUGCAAGAAAGGCAAUUAGAGAAUUGAUGGCCAAAGGUUUGAUCAGAAUGGUGUCUGCUCACUCAAGCCAGCAGAUAUACACUAGGGCCACUAACACCUAGGUGUCGUGUUCGUUUACUGCGACAGAUGGAUUUUGCCAUCGAGUCAUUGUUGGUUUUCUGUUUUAGAUAUCCUGGCACGAUAUGGAUACUGCUGUAAUACGUUUCUAUUUGAUGGUUAUUAAGGCUCUGUUUCUUUUA